AUGGCGCUUCUUCCCAGGCACUGUCUCCAGCUCAGCGAGGUGUGGCCACAGGCCCGGCAGGACCCACCUGAGCACUUCUGCGCCCUGGGCUCCCCUGUCUGCCGGCCUCUGUCCCUGGGAGCCCGUGGCGGCCCUUCUGCCCCCAGGCUGCUGCUGAAGGUGCUGGCCAGGGGGAGGGUCAAGCCUUUAAGAGCCCUGCCCUCAUGGCUUCGCCUGGGCUGUGACGGGGAGGCGGGAGCCAUGGAGCCGGGGAGGAGGCUGCUGGUCCCAGCCCUGGCGCUGCUCUGCUUCCUGCUGCCCGGGCCUGGGAGCUGCGCAGAGGAAGGGGAUUUUGGGCGAAGCCGGCCGGCCGGCCACCGCAGCUAUGACCAACCCACCCCAGGGAAGACCUCAGUCCCCACGGCCCAGGAGCCGGCCCCGGGAGUUUCUGGCGACCAGGAGAGCCUGAAGGUGGAGGUCCCCUCCUGUGCUGUGCGGCCACUGCGCUCUGCAGAGGACCUGGCCCCCGAGCUGCUUCCCAGGACAGAUGUCACCACGGGGGUCCCCAUCCAGGUGGCCGCAUCUGCUCAGACCAGCAUCCCGACUUCACAGCCUGCCGUCUGGCCCAGAAGCCCCCACGGCCUUCCUCCCGGCCCUCCCUGCACCAUCAGCCUCUCCACGCUCCAGCCUGGGCACCAGCAGCUCUGGCCCUACGCUCAGUGUCCCGCUGCUGCCUUCCCAGCCCUGGGCCCCGAGGACGCUGCGGAUCCUGUCGCCCCUCGCUUCCCAGAAGCUGAUGCUCAGGCACUUCCUAGUCUGCGGUUCCGGGUUCAAAUCACUCCUGAAGCUGAUAGGUGUCUGGUGAUGGACUUUGGGGAUGGUUCUGGGGUUCAGAUGAGGACCCACCGUGCUACUGGGGACGUGGCUGUCACCACCUUCCACCGGUACAGGAGAGAAGGUGUCUACGCGCUCCAGACGGUCCUUUACAGCGAGUCUCACGGAGCUGAGGUGCGACUUGGACCUUACUACGUGGAACUGGGCCCCGAGGCCACAUCUGUGUUCCUGAAUGCCAGCAGUGGCCUCAGGGGCUCCAUGUGUGCCUUCGGGGGCUCCCCCACGGAUCUGAGAAGCACCACCGUUUCCCACUGUUUUCCAUCCACUUCCUCCUGUAACGUGUCCUUCGCCUUGCAGACCCACGUGGGGGGCAGGCGGGCCUGGUCCAGCAUGGCCGUGCGAUAUCGGAUGCAGCCCGUCUCUGUCUACACCAAUGGAACUGUGUUUGCCACUGACACCGACAUCACUUUUGUGGCCGUUACCAAGGAAACCACUCCCCUGGAGUUCACGUGGUUCUUCGGAGAAGACCUGCCCAUGAGGACCAGGCGCAGGAGCAUCCAGAGAAGGCUCGGUGUCCCCCAGUGGUACCGUGUGGUGGUGCAGGCUUCCAAUGGAAUGGGCAGCGUGGUCUCAGAGCCCCGCCGUGUCCAGGUGCAGAGGAGAGUGGUGGCCAGCGGACUCGUGGCCGCGGACUCGGCUCUGGUGAACACUCCCAUGACCUUCCAGUUCAGAGUCAGCUUUGGCACCGACGUGGCUUACCGCUGGGACUUUGGGGAUGGCACUGGUGGCCUGGGGAAUAGCUCUGCCAGCCACGUCUACAGCAGGGAAGGAGAGUUCACGGUUGAGGUCGUCGCCUUCAAUGCCGUCAGCACCGUCUCCCUGAGGAAGCACCUUUUCGUCGUGCGCAGGCCCUGCCAGCCGCCCCCUGUGAAGAACAUGGGGCCGGGGCAGGUGCAGGUGUGGCGGUCCCAGCCUGUGACCCUGGGAGUGACCUUCGAAGCCGCCAUUCUCUGUGACAUCUCCCAAGGCCUCUCCUACAGCUGGAGCCUCACCAAUUCCGCGGGGUCGCCGGUGCCCCUGCCUCCUGCCAUUAGCACCCACAGGCAGACCUUCACUGUCCCCCACUACUUCCUGGAACCCGGGAACUACACUGCGCUGGCCCAGGUGCAGGUGCGAGGCAGUCCCGUGCACAGCAACUAUUGCGUGGGAGUGGAGGUGCGUGCCCGGGCACCUGUCAGCGUGAUCUCUGAGGGCACACACCUGUUCGUCCCCAGGACGCCCUUGUCUACCAUGGUCCUCAGGGGGUCCCUGUCCUACGACCCCGACAGGCCCGGGGCCACUCUCAGGUAUCACUGGGCGUGCACCCCAGCCAGUGCCCCCGGCCGCCCCUGCUUCACUGGGCCCUCUCCACGCAGCCCGGAUGCCGGGGCGCCCACCCUGUCCUUCGCAGCGGACUCUCUCAGCAGUGGCUACGACCAGUUUCUUGUGACAUUGACAGUGUCCAGCCACGGCCGGAACUCUUCCGAGGCGCAGGUGUUCCUGUCCACCCUCCCCGACGUGGCGCUCAGGCGUGUGCACAUCUCCUGGGAGACAUUCCGAGGCGUCCCUGUGAACUGGAACGAGGAGCUUUCGCUGCGGGCGGCUUGUGAAGACUGCGGGGAGGCGGCCCUCUCUUACUCCUGGGACCUCUUUUUGGUCAACGCGACAGGAAGGGACAGAGAGGAAGUUCCCUUUUGCAGAACCGUGGGGCUGCUGGGCUCCUCAGGAUUGGGGUCUGUGUUGAAGCUUCCCGAGUCCUACCCACGGUCCCCGAGGCCACGGAGGGCAGAGCCCCACGCCACGCCUGUGCCAUUCGCACGGGAGCCACGGCCCUGGACCCUGGGCCGGGCUGACCUCUCAGCCACGGGGAGAGCCUCCACGGAGUCCAUGGUCCCCGCACCCCAAGUUCCCGCUGCUGGUGACCCUGUGGCCCCAGAAGGGGAUCCCUGGGAUGAGGGGUCCCUGGGGAGCCCAACCCCUCACCCCCCUGGAGAGUCGACUGAGCCAGGCUCUGCCCACACCACCUCCUCAUCCUUCCUCCCCAAUGACCACGGGUGCCCGAAAGGUGACAGUGGCAGCCGGACACUCCUAUCGGUGUCUCCCAUGGGAGACAAGAGUGAGGCCCCUGGAGGACAGUUCUGGGCCUCGGCAUCCCCCCAACUAAUCACACGGAGCCUACUCGUUGGGGGAGCAGGGACAGCGACUGCCUCCCCACUGUCCCAUGUGCUGGGCGUGGCCUCUGGGGGUUUUGUGCCCGCAGAGCAGGGCUGGGGCCCUGAGGUGGCCCAGGGCGACGUGUGUGCUCCCUCGGGGUCCUGUGUGUUUCAGGGGAGCCUGGUUUACGGGAAACACUCUCAUUCUGUCCUUCACGCAGACUUUGAGGCCUAUUACAGUGACGUCCAAGAAGCGGUGCCCUCGAGAGGACGGCAGCCGGCUGCCUGGACCAGCAUGCACCUCUCAGCGUCAGGACCCAGUGCCAGUGAGGACGGGAGCCAUGGGGAUGGGGACAACCUGGUGGGCCCCUUCCUCCCGACCGCCAGUGCCUGGCCUGCACUCCUGGUCGACUGGCCCAAGUCCCCCGUGAGCCGAGCCGUUUUUCAGGGCUACACCGUGUCCGGGGUCACGGGACAGACGGUGACAGUGAAGCCGCACUCACUGCGCCCUGGAGAGACAUACGUCCUGCAAGCAGUGGUGGCUUCAGGGCACAGCUUUCUAGGGAAGGCUCAGCUGUAUGUGACCGUCAACCAGGCUCCGCGGGACGUGGCCUGCCAGGUGCAGCCCCACCGUGGCCUCGAGGCAGACACCGUCUUCAGCGUCUUCUGCACGUCGGGGAGACCGGACUUCCGCUAUGAGUUUGGUUACCAGAUAGGAAACGCCUCCAAGUACACCCUGUACCGUGGGACAGACGCCCAGCACUACUUUGCACUGCCAGCUGGGGAGCCCGUGGACGGUUAUCAAGUCCUGGUGUCCACUGUGAUCACCGAUGGUGACGGCUCCCAGACGCAGCCCUGUGCCGUGGCCGUGACUGUGCUGCCCCGUCUCCAUGGGGACUGCUGCCCCGGCGAGGAUGUGUACAAUGCUAGCCUGAGGAACCUCUCUACCCUCCAGCAGAUGGGCAGUGACACGGAAGUCAGGAACUAUGUUGCCGUGACCACCAGGGUUCUGAGUCGCUGGGCUAGGGAGGGCGGGAGCCCCUCCUGUGGCCAGUGGUCCCGAAUCCAGGACGCGUUCAUUUCUUCAAUCUGCAGAUUAGCUCCCCAGGACCAGGGGGAAGCGACCGACUCUGUCCUCCUGCUGAGGGACCUGCUGCGCUUCCCCAACAAGAUGAGCCUCGCAAGCGCUCUUCUCAUCCUCGGCUGCGCACACACGCUGCUGGCCCCCAGCCGGCCCCCCGCAGGCUGCGCGGUGGAGGCGGGCCAGGUGCGGGAGCUCAUCCUUCUCGUGUCCGGGGUCCUGGAGGCCAGCGACCACGGUCACUCAAGGAGCUCCGGCCGCCUGCUGGAGGAAGGUGCUCAGGCCAUCGCAGAUGUGCUGCUGGUGGUCCCGCCCGUCAAUAUCGGACCUGUGCUGUUCCAGGGCUGCCUGUCCUCACGCGGCGAGCACCGGGUCCACGUGAGCGCCGGGCAGACGGAGGUCCAGGCGCAGCUUCAUCGCCACCCUCAGAGCUCCGUGCAGAGCCUGGGCCCCGUCCAGGUGCGCCUCCCUGCAGACCUGGCCGGGCGGGAGCCCAGCCCCUGCUACGUGAGCCAGCUCCUGCUCUUCAGGAGGAGCUCCUUUCUGCAGGGACGCGCUCCCGGCCAGGUUGGUGCUCUGCUGGCCCUGUCCCUGCACCGCUGCUCCAGCCGAAGGCCCCUGCACAGGCCACGGCUGAGGACGCCCGUGACCGCGGAGUUCGGGGAGGAAGAUGGCCCGGGUGACAGGAGAAAUGAAACGACGUUUGUGCUGCUUCGGGAUAGAGUGAACGUCCACCACUUCACUGGGCUGUCUGCAGCCAGCCCGGAGGCCCUGCAGAUCCGAGUGGAGUUCUCCCAGCCGGCCGCCAGGGCGUUCCCCGUCAUGUUGCUGGUGAGGUUCUCCGAGAAGCCGACUCCUGCCGACUUCCUGCUGAGGCAGCUGCACCUGUGGGAGGGGCUCACGGCGCACGUCUCCGUGCCGGCGGCUGCGCUGGAAGGCCACACCCAGGGGUACCUGUCCCUGUUGGAUGCGGACUACGACAGGGAAUCUCCCAACAGGUACUUGGCCGAGACCGUGAGCUACGUGGUGCGUUUCCAGGGGGUCCACUGCCUGCUCUGGGACCCGCGGCGGGAGCCUGAGAGUCUUCCCCCACAGCCGGCGGCUUCCCCAGGGAAGGUGAACUGCAGCUACAACCUCCUCGCCGCCUACUCCAUCGCAAGGAGAAGCCUGAACGCCAGCUUUGAAUCCAGGGACGUUGCCCAGUUCCGGGGACGCCCGGAAAACCUGCUCCCCAGUAUUUUUAUUGUGGCCAUUACAAUUCUUUAUGCCCUUUUGGUCACUAAAAGCAAACGUAUGGAUCGUCGUGAGAAAAAGAAAGCGGGUUACAUUUUCCUGCAAGACAGUGCCCCGCCCAGUCACCAGCUGUACGCGGUUGUCGUGGACACGGGCUUCCGGGCUCCGGCCCGCUUCACUGCAAAGGUCUACAUCAUUUUAUGUGGUGAAGAUGGACUUUCAGAGCCCAGAGAGCUCUGCUGCCCAGAGAAGCCGCUGUUUGAACGGAACUCCAGACACACCUUCGUCCUCAGCACUCCGGCUGCUCUGGGCCCACUCCGGAAGGUCCGCCUGUGGCACGACAGCAGCGGGGCCUGUCCCGCCUGGUACGUCAGCCACGUGAUGGUGAAGGAGCUGCGCCAGGGACGGGGGCACUGGUUCUUCCCCGCCGAGUGCUGGCUGGCCGCGGGCAGGCGGGAUGGCCGCGUGGAGCGGGAGCUGGCCUGUCUGCGCGGGGGCCUCGGCUUCCGGAAGCUCCUGUUCUCCAGGUUCACGGAGCAGCUGGAGGACCUCCACGUGUGGGCCUCGGUGCACAGCCGGCCGGCGGGCCGGGGCCUCCUGCACACGCCGCGCCUCAGCGUGGCCUUCGCCCUGCUGUGCGCCUACGCCUGCCUGGCGGCCCUGGUCACCACCGCAGGACACAGGCAGCUCCCGCCAAGUGUCGGUCCGGCCGGCGUCCCCCUCAGGUCCUUCUGGAUGGGCUUCCUGUGCACCCUCCUGGCUUCUCCGGGGGCACAGCUCUUGUCGCUGCUCUUCAGGCUCAGCCAGGUGCCCGCCCCCAGCCGUGCGUUCGAAGGACACGUCACAACCCCGUGGCCAAGGGCGCCGCGGCCGUGGUUACGCUCUGCAGCGUGGGCCAUUUGCGGGAUGGUCUCUGUGGCCUGUGGCGUGGGGACAGUGUUUCUAGGAUACAGGUUCGGCCCCGCGCAGUGCGGGCAGUGGCUGUGCCUGCUGACCAUCUCCGUGACCUGCUGUGUCUUCGUCACCCAGCCCCUUAUGGUGGGCCUGGUGGCUCUGGGCUUCGCUUGGAAAAGGAGAGACGACAAGAGCUUCUUCACUGAGUCUUUACAGGAGGCCACCAAGGGCCUGGGCACAGGCCUGGCGGGGCUCUCCUGCACCCACGCUCCCCACGCGUCCUGCUGCAGCCGUCCCCGCGGCCCAGGCGUGGUUGAGAGAGUCUUGGCUGAGCGACAGCAAGCUCGUCGCCUGCGCAGGGCGCGUCCACCGUCCACAGCGUGGCUCAGGGCCACGCGGGAGAGGAUGCGGAGACAGACGCGCACCCGGGCAGUGCUGAGGGACACCUGCAUGUCCGUCCUCAUGCUGCUCCUACACCUGCUUAUAACCCACGCGACUUCCCCCCGGGAUGAACACUCUCUCAACCACGCCAUCCGGAACACCUUCACCAGAGGUGCCAGGAGCUCCUCCGGCAGCCUAAGCAGCGUGGAUGCCUGGUGGGACUGGAGCCUGACCACACUGCUGGAUGGCAUGUACCCAGUCGGCGUGCCCGGCGCUCAGCCUGGAGCUCUCGGAGGAACAUGCUACCUCAUAGGUCCGGCAGUCCUUAAGCAAAUAAAACUUUCUCCUGACCCUUCAUGUGAGCUUUCCAGGCCGCUCUCCGUGCUCCCCAAAGACUCUCUACCUACAUGUCACCCCAAAGUUGGAGGCUCUGAAACCCCCUCUGUGACCAAUGCAGAGACCCACAGAGUGGCCCCAAGUGACCCCACAACCUGCAGGGAGCACUGUGAGCUCAGCCUGGGCAGGACAAGGCCCGCAGCCCGCGCCGUGCUGACUGGCCUCAGGGCUCGCCGCUGGGUGGAUCACCGCACCAGGGCCGUGUCCGUGCACUUCGUCCUCUACAACCCCCCCACCCGCCUCUUCUCCCACGUGUCCCUGCGUGUGGCGCUGCUCCCGGCCGGGGGCCUCGCCCUUUCCCCCCUCGUGAAGUCGGUCACCGUCUUCCAUAGUGACCCAGCCCCACGGUACCACCUGCUGCUUCCCCAGCUGGCCUUCCUGGCGCUCACCCUGACCCACCUGUGUCUCCAGCUCUUCCGCCUGGCCGAGGAGGGCAUCCCUGGCUACUGGCAAAAACCUGGGGCCUGGCUGGAGCUGCCCCUCGCCGGGGCCAGCCUGGCCUGGUACGCAGCCUCCGGCCACCUGCUCUCUCUGGCCGGGGAGGUGACCAACCAGUUGCACAUGGGGCUCCUGCAGGGCUUUGUGGACCUCAGUCCCAUGGCGUCAUGGAAUCAGAGGGCGAGGUGGCUCCAGGGAACCCUGUCGUUCCUCCUGGCCCUGAAAUGCCUCCGUCUGCUCGGCUCUCACAGCGCAGUGGCGUCCUGCAUCUUCGCCACACGCCGCUCCCUCGCGGGCGUCCUCGCACCAGGGCUGGCGGGGGUCCUGGUGCUGGCUGCCCACGCCCACCUGCGUGGGAUUCCGCUCCUUACUGUGGCUCCUCCAUCGGGCACCUUCGCAGACGCCUCCCACCGUUUUCCAGGAGACACGUUCCCGGGCCUCUCCAAGGCGGAGGGGCAGGCCACGGCUGGGUGCCGCACAGCCCUCCUGGCAGCAGUGACCACUCUGUGGAUAGGAAUGCUCAGAGGUUCCCUCAUGGCUUUUGUUCCCAAACGAAAAUCUUUUCAAAGCCAAUCUCUUGUGAGACUUGCAGACGUGAUGACCUACGUGUGGGGGGCGGCCUGCUCUUCGCUAGGGUUGGAGAGGCGGCAGCCAGAGGAGGCUGAGCCGGCCACGCACCACAACCCCUCCCUGGAUGAGUUUGCAGACCUGCUGGAUGAGCUGCUGCUGAAGAUCGACAGUCUGUCCGCCCGCCUCCCCGUCCCUCUCCCAGCGCAGCCGCCCCGGGACGUGCCACAGGCUGGGGCCAGGGCAGAAGGCAGCCCCUCGCUGGGGGCUUCUGAUGACCAGGCUGCGGGGGAAUGUCUGACUAAAGCUGGAAUCCGCAAGGAGACUGAGGACAGAGUGGGCUCCAUUCGGAGGCCCCGAGAAAUAGCUGUGACCCAGAACAUGAGCAGGAUCCACUGGCGGCCCAGCAGUGAAAAUUAG